CUUGAACCACCUCUGACGUGCAUUAUGUCCCAGACCUCCGACACCCUGCAGCCAAAGCUCUCAUAACUAGGACGCGAUCCGUGGACCAAAAAGCUGCAGCAUUUCCCACAGGAUCCAACCUUCCGUACAACCGAUGGAAGGAACCCGACCCGACCCGACGGACGAAUGAGGGAAACCGAACCGAUCAACGCCGGGCGUCUAGUCCGAGCGUUAACACUUUUGGUAGUAUGGACCAAGACGAGUCAAUACUUUAGACAUCUCUGGAAGUCACAGAUUGGUCUGCUUGCGGUGUCUGGAUUUUGCAUCAAGGUCAAACCAUACGCAAAUCUGGCCGAGGCACACACGAUGCAGUUCGUCGCCCAACACACAUCUGUUCCAGUUCCCAAGGUUUACUCCGCUUUUGUCCACCAAGGGAUGACGUACAUCGUCAUGAGCAAGAUCGAUGGCAAGAUGGCAUGGAUGGGCUGGAAGAAACGGUCAGAGGCAUCCAAACAACAGAUCCUCAAUCAGCUACGUGGCAUGGUUUCCCAGUUGCGCGCUAUCGCCUUGACAGAGGGCCUUGGGGUCGCUAAUAUUGACGGUGGUCCUAUUUACGACUGCCGCCUGCCUUUCAAGUCCUUUUGGGGCCCUUUUGCUACGGUACAGGACUUCCAUAAGGAGCUUGCUAAUGGUGCCGAUUUUGAAGUUCGGUAUGAGAACCAACCUCCAGAUCUCCAGGAACUCCUUCAUUUCUACCGUCGAUCGGAUGACGAUCUGGCCUUUACACAUGGAGAUUUGAGCAGCUUCAACGUGCUAGUGCGGGGCGAUGAUGUUGUCGGCAUUGUUGACUGGGAAACGGCAGGCUGGCUGCCCUCAUACUGGGAAUAUACGUCUGCGUGGUUUGUGAGCCCCCAGAAUCCGUUAUGGCAGCAAGAGGUGGACAGAUUUCUAACUCCCAUGCCGUAUGAGCUAAGGAUGGAACGCAUACGUCGCACAUAUUUUGGCGCUACUUGAAAUAACCACUAUCUGAAU